AUGAGCACCACGCCUAAAGAAAACCAUUCACUACGCAUCAUACAACACAACUGCAACAACAGCAAUAAUGUUCUCAUCUCCCUCUUCGCCAUCCCUAUGAUACAAACAGCACAUGCGAUCGCCAUUCAAGAAACCCCACUAUUCAAAGGGAAACCUCUAGCGGUCCCCGCCUUCACAGCAAUAUACCCUACCCCCACCUCCACAGACGACAAAAUCUCCGUCUGCACCUACAUAAACAACAACUUCCUACAGAAAAACUCAUUCGCAAGCCCCCCCUCCCAUAGAGGAGACAUCAUAUCCGUCAACCUGUUCUGCCACACUGGGCCCAACACACACACCACAAUAACACUCACAAACUGCUAUAACAGACAGCUCAGAGAUGGGUCCCGGUCAAUCCACCCCCUCACCAUCCUACCCACCUCAGACAACCCGACAAUCACUGUCGGAGACUUAAACAUCCACAACCCCGCAACCGACCCCGCCAGAAACUUCUCAGCCAGAGAACUUAGACUCUCCCAACCAUACAUGGACACCGCCAGUCGAGCAGGCUACUCCAUCCUCAACACCCCCGGAACCUAUACGAGAAUUUCCCUCAAUCAAGCACAUAGAAACGGAGUCAUCGAUAUAGCUUUCUCCAACCACAGAGCCACGCCGCUUGUCAGGAAAUGGCUCCCCCUCUCCAACUCCUCAGGCUCCGACCACAGGAUCAUAGCUAUCUCACUUGCCCUUCCAAACUCAGACUUCGCCCCCUUUACCACCCCAAACUGGGCGCUAACCAACUGGAACCUCCUCUCACCCGCUCUCCAAAACACCCACAUCCCCUCCUGCGACACCCCCUCGAUGCUGGAUGACUGGUUCGAUAAAUCACUUACCCUCAUCACAGACAUGGUCAAGCAACAUACACCCCCAAAAACCAUCUCAAAAUGGUCAAAGAAAUGGUGGACCCCGGACCUCUCCCAGCUCCGAACCAUUUUUCACUCAAUACACAGAGCAUUCAGAAAAGGCAGAGCCCCCCCCUCAGAGAUGAAGGCAGCGCGCAACGCCUAUUUCAAUGCCAUAAAGAAAGCAAAACAAGACCACUGGAACGCCUUCAUCGCCAACGCCGAUACAAAGGAUGUGUGGAGACUGAAGAAAAUGGCCAACAGGACGGAAGAUAAGAUUCCCACCCUCCCAAACUCACCCACCCCAACCCUCCUCAACAAUAACCUCAUCAACGCCUUCUUUCCCCCUCGACCAGAAGGCCCCUCCCCCUCCCCCAUCCACUUCCCGAACACCCCCCUCAUCACGCCCAAUGAAGUUCAAACCGCACUGGGCCCCACCUCCAACCUCUCUGCACCCGGCCCAGACACCAUCCCAUAUUCAGUAUGGAAAGGUAUCCAUAGAGCCAACCCCCGCAUAAUUCCCGCCCUCCUCAACCCGCUCAUCCAACAUGGAUACCACCCACUCUCCCUAAAAACCGCCAAUGGAGUAAUCCUCGCUAAACCAAACAAACCGGACUACUCCUCCCCUGCCGCAUACCGCAUAAUCGUCCUCCUCCAGACCCUCUCCAAGAUCCUGGAAAAAAUAAUAACACUCCGCCUGGCCGUAAUAGCGAAAGCCGUAGGACUCCUCCACAACCACCAAUGCGGGUCAGUCAGCGGCUUGUCCACUGGAGACGCAGUCACCACACUCAUACACGAGGCCAGAGCCAUGCAGCUGGCUAAGCUCAAAGUCUCCACUCUCUUCCUAGACAUCAAAGGAGGCUUUGACCAUGUCCUCAAACAACACCUAGCCUCCACCCUCUCAGCAAAACAUACACCCCCCUACAUCACGAACUGGGUCCUCUCCUUCCUAUCUGACCGCUAUAUUACGCUGUUGUUUAAAGGAUCCCCCAAAAUCCCCACAGCCGUCCAAGUCGGAGUCCCACAAGGAUCCCCAAUAUCACCACUUCUUUUCCUUAUCUAUAUUAACUUCCUCCACCAACAUGACCCCGCCCCCGGCAUCUCACUCUCCUACGUAGAUGACCUGGCCAUUACAGUGGCCUCCCCAUCAUACGGGGAAAACAUCGACAUACUCCAGACUCACUAUAAUAAACUUACAGCUCUGGCCUCCCCUAAGAACGUUACAUUCUCGGUGGGGAAGACGGAGCUAAUGCACUGGAGAACCCCACGCGAUAAGUCCCCCACCUCACACCUCCCAAUACUCCUGGACGGCCAAGCCUUCCAGCCCAGCCCCAUAGUACGAUGGGUCGGAUAUUGGCUCUCCCCCAACUUUAACCCCAACGCCCACUUCAUCAGAAGAACGGCGGCCGCAAGAGCAGCCUUUGGCAUUCUCAACCGCUUCUCCUCAGCAGGAAAAGGCCUAUCACCCGCAAAUUGCAGGAAAGUAGCCCUCCUCGCCAUCCGUCCCAUGCUCACUUACGGAGCCAAUGUAUUUACCCCAACGUCAGCGCUCCGAGAAAUGAAUACCUUCUGGAAUGCAGUCCUCAGAUGGACAACAGGCUGCUUCAGAGCCACUAAUAACCGUGUCCUAUGGGCGGAAGCAAAAGCCCCCCCCCUAAUACUAUACCUUCACUUCCUAAAGUGCAAAUUCGCCAUUAGGAUCCUCCGAGCUUCCCCACUAGCAAACCCAGUAACGGGAAGGACAGACCCCCCUUUCCCCACCACCCUCCGAGACCGAACCUCCUCACACACCGCCCUCCUCAGAGGCCGACCCAACCCGCCAAAGAAAUGGAACUCCAGAGCGAAGAAAGGCGUAGCACAUACACCUAUUGAGCACCUCUGCUCCCUGCUCCUCCCCCUAAUCGAGGAAGGGGUAGAUCAAGGCAAGAUGGCCCAUAGAGCCAAGCAACAACUGCUGGAUAACUGGCGUACCCAUUUCCCAACCCCGACCUACUAUACAUAUAGAUUAGAUACAUCCCCCCUACCCUUCACACACCUUCACAAGUUCAUCGCCACAAGAAUCCAUCAAAUAAGAUCAGGGAAAAGCUAUCUACGAGCACAGCAAUCCUGGAUCAACCUACACACCUCGCCCAAAUGCCGGAAAUGUGGCCUCGAAGACGAGACCCCCGACCAUGCCAUACUACAAUGCAACGCCUCUGCACUCACCCGCUCCCAAACCUUAGAAGGAGUUAAAUCCCUUGAGGAAAUCUGGGACAACCACACCCUUACCCUCCAGCUAGGGGCCUACAUCACUAAAACCAGAACAGGCUACCCGGUCAGCCGGGGACCCUCACCACUCGAAUCAGGCUCAGGAACUUCAUCCCCCCUCAGCUCAGUCUCAUCCUCCUCUACGUCUUCAGCAGUUUUCAUGGGCCCAAUACCCACAGUCUACGCGUCCUAG